UGCUGCUGGUGCUGUUUAUCUGAUUACCGCGAUACCAGAGCUGCGUCUCCUUAAAGCGACACUCCGGUUUAAUUAAUGAGACUACCGGCAGAGGAGAGAGGAUCGCGGAGGAUGCAGAGGAAGAGGAAGCAGCAUCCGGCGGUGGCACCACUUUCUCCCUGCAGGACGCUUCACUGCAGCGUUUCACCGCCUUGAGGUCAUGAUGCCGGCUGUAAACUGAGCCUGGAUACCAGCAGAAAAACCUCCAAGACCCCCCUCUUCCCCCAUCUGCUCUCCUUCCUGCGAUGCACGGACUGUCAAUGCGUCACACUCUCUUCUCUUCCUGCGUCGUUUCUUCCGCACACGCGUCGAAGCCUUCAUGCCUCAUAUUUAGGGUAUGAAAUUUGCACAAUCGCGGCAUUUCGCUCGUCCUACAUUGGCUCUGUAGUCGUGGAUAGAUCCGCGGUUUGCCCGAGCCUGUCCGGCCUUGUGCGUUUCUGCGUUCAUGUUCGCCGCUCACGCGUCGCCACUGCCGCGCCGCCGUAUCCGCUCCUCCUCCUCCACACAUGGACUAUGAUAUGAUACUAUGUGAAGCGCGCGUCGUCUUCGCGUUUCCACCCGCGUUCUGCCGCUGAUGCGGUGCGCCUGGAUGCUUGCUGUCUCCUUUGCCUGGCCGCUCACUGCGCCUCUGGGCCGGGGGGGGCUGCUGUCCGCAGAGAGGCAGGAUGGUGCGGAUCGCCAGCGCGCUGGGGCUGGUCAUGUUCAGCGUGGCUCUGCUCAUCCUGUCGCUCAUCAGCUACGUGUCCAUCAAGAAGGACUUUCUGCUCAGCACCCCCAGAUACGGACCUAAUGGAGGACCCAGGCUGUCCAUGUUUCAUGCGGGGUUUCGCGAGAGGCCGCCUCGUAAACCUGUCCUGAGCUCCCAGCUGGCUUUGAAGUAUAUGGAUCCAGGUUUCAGUCCUCUGACAAACGCCCUGAGCGAGGACCUGCAGAACUCCUCUAGAUGGACCUACAACAGCUCGGCUUUUCUACAACUGAAAAAGGAGAUCUCUCAAUACAUCGACAUCCCCCACAACUUCUCAUUGGUUAAAGACUCAGUGAGAAUCGGACAGCUGAUGCACUACGACUACUCCAGCCACAAGUACGUCUUCUCCAUCGGAGAGAACUUCCGCUCGCUCCUUCCCGAGGUCUCGCCCAUCCUCAACAAACAUUACAAUGUUUGCGCCGUGGUGGGAAACAGCGGCAUCCUCACCGGCUCGCGCUGCGGCCCCCAGAUCGAGAAGUUUGACUUUGUUUUCCGCUGCAACUUCGCACCCACCGAGAUGUUCAAGAAGGACGUUGGGCGGCGGACCAACAUGACGACCUUUAACCCGAGUAUCCUGGAGAAAUACUACAACAACUUACUGACUGUGCAGGACAGGAACAACUUCUUCCUGAGCCUGAAGAAGCUGGACGGGGCCAUCCUGUGGAUCCCGGCGUUUUUCUUCCACACGUCCGCCACGGUGACGAGGACGCUGGUCGAUUUCUUCGUGGAACAUCGAGGUCAGCUGAACGUCAAGUUGGCCUGGCCUGGAAACAUCAUGCAGUAUGUCAACAGUUACUGGAAAACCAAGCAGCUGUCUCCGAAGCGCCUGAGUACGGGCAUCCUGAUGUACACGCUGGCCUCCUCCAUGUGCGACCAGAUCCACCUGUACGGCUUCUGGCCCUUCGGAUGGGACCCCAACACGGGGAAGGAGCUGCCGUACCACUACUACGACAGGAAGGGCACCAAGUUCACCACCAAAUGGCAGGAGUCCCAUCAGCUUCCCGCCGAGUUCAAACUACUCUACAAGAUGCACAUGGAUGGACUGCUGAAGCUCUCCCUCUCCCACUGUGCUGCUUAGUGCUAAAGCUGCAGCAGGUACAGCGCUCCUUCAAUCUCCAACGCUUCCACGGGCCAGAGCUGUCCAGACGACAAGGGAAGGAUUCGUGUGGUUUUUGCCAAACAUCUAAAAUCUUGUCUCUGAGGCUGAGUUGGUGCAAUGGGCUCAGUAACAGAAGCCCCUGUUUGACAAACCGUUCGCGUAAACUGCAACAGCUCAAGGAACAAUGAGUCUUUUCAUCUUCUUCUGCUCAAGAAUGCAAAGCAGUAGAGGAAAAGGUGGCUGAAACUGGACUUGGAACUAAGCAGCAAAAACGGAAAAUUGCUUCACAGUGUUUUUACAACUCAUCAAGAAUGCUACAAAUCAGCAGACAGACAUUAGAGGGCAGACUUAUCCUUGAGACAAAGGGCCACGGAAAAAAGGUGAACAUGGCUCAAUAUCAUCUCAAAUGUAAUACCGUGUCAUGCAGCCACACACUGUGCAGAACUGAUCAGAUAUACGUAAAAGCCCGCAUCGCUCGUAAAACCAAUCAUGGAGAAAAUGAUAGAGACAUUGAGAGAUGAAGAAUCCUUUCUUAUAUAGUCCUGAAGACAGUGUGUUGGCGUUUGUAAGCUCAUGAAUCAGUUCCUCAAACCUCUUGUACCAUUAUUGAUUCACGUGUACCUGAAGCAACACGCGACCACCACCAGGCUUUGUUUCGACGCAGUGCUGCUUUUCGUCUGAACUAGGGUUCGCGAUACCUUAAAAUAUUCUAACCAGCAACCAUCAGCCCAACAACCGCUGAUAGCCAAUAUAUUAGUGUGAUUAGUUUUAAGUUGGGAGACCAGUGCGAGUUUGCUUCAUUUCUACAAUCUCCUUUUGCCUUUUUAGUCUAAUAAAUAAACAACUCGUUCGUGGGAGGCAGACCAUUAAAAUAGUAAAGCGACAAAAAUCAACCGAAAUAAAAUAUGCCAACUGCCUAUUGCCGAUAUAUACUGUAUGUCCAAUUGCCGAAAUGGUGAUUUUGAAAUGAUUACCAGCUGAAUUGACAUGAAUUACAAAAUGUAGGGAUAACGUCUAAUAUCUAAACAACUUUAGAUUAGGCACUUUCAUAUUCAUUCAGUCACAGUACCAUUAUUCUUAAAACUGCAUAACCCUAAAUAUUGGGGUAAAAACGUCCUGAAACUAUUUACAUAUCACCUCAAAGAGUUUAAAUGUAAUGAUAUUUAUACAUCCAGCUGACACAGACCAACAUAAUCAUGAUUUGAGUUGUUUUUGUGAUGAAUGUAUGUCCAAUAAUCUCCCCCCUCCCCUGUUUUUGGUCUCCUCCAACCUCCGAGGGAAAUAUCUAUUUUUUAGCUGCUAAAUGCUCCAAUUAGUUCACCAGCAAACUAUGUCCGUCUGCCAAUCAAAACUGAGAGGUUUCAGCAGAACCUCUUCUAUGAUAUUGCACAAGACUAAAUUCAUGUAUAGACUUUCAGACUCUAUUUCACGUCUGGUUGAGUUUGACGCUUUGCCAGAAUAUCAAAUAGCACAACAUAUAUCUUUAGGUGAGGUUGUGUGUCCAUGAGACAUCAGACAAGGAGAAGCACACAGAGAGGGAUGUUGGAUUCAAUAUGUCACCAUUUUGGAUAAAGGUAGGACUUUUUGUAAAGCUGACUGAUGUUAGCUCGCCGGUUGUGUACUAUGCAAGUUAUCAGGAAGAAUCACUUUGAGACUGUAUGCUGCCAUUUCCUUUCUUCCAUGUUGUGGUCAUGUAUGAUAGUGUCUUAGUUCCAUAUUGGUAGAUGGAUCCAUUCACAUCUUUUAACACUUACCUUAAGUGCAAUCCAUUCAUCAGUGCUUAUAGAAACUGUAAAAGAUACCAGUGGACCCAAACUCUAAAAUCUAUCUCUUGAAAUUCAGGCAUUAGUAAAAAAAAUAAUAAUGCUUUAAAAUAAAAAAUCGUUAGUUGUUUUAAAUUCUAUUUAAAUGCUCCAUAUGAUUACAUGAUUAACAUAAAUGGCACUCGAAGAUUGCAGACCGUCGCCAAGGCUGUCUCCAUAUUUAAAAACAAUGAUGUAUGUAUCCGCCCCAUGAUUUGAUGAGGGAGGAUGUGGCGCAGUGGCCUAGUGCGUUGGUGUUCGGAUCAGGGGGGCACAGGUUCAAACCCCACUGCAGUCAGCAUGUCGUUGUGUCCCUGAAGACACUUCACCCCAAAAUGCUCCUGUGGGGAUUGUCCACAGUACUGAGUAUGUAAGUCGCUUUGGAUAAAAGCGUCUAACAAGUAACAUGUAAUGUAAUGUAAUGAUUUCCAUCACCUCCAAAAUUAAGUGGUUCUUCCUUGGCCCAAGCUCUACCUUACCAUCAGGUUUAAACCCAAUUGGGACAGUAGUUUUGCCAUGAUCUUGCUGACAGCCAAACAAAGUGAAUUGAAAACAUAGUGCCCAAGGUUACUACAAACUGUUCUCUCCUUUACAACCAAUGGAUCGAUCCCUCACCUUGACCUCCACACACUACUUCCUGACAUUGGCAUCAACUAUGCUUUGUGAGAUUUGUUUUAAAUUAACAUAAUUUGUAGGGAUACUAGCCUAGCAUUUAAGUUUAAGAUGAUGUAGGGACUGAGGUGAUUGCCCCAUACUGAAGCACACUGCUGUCACAUAUGUAUUUAGAAAACGUGAGUAUUGGAUGUUCUUUUUUUUUUUUAGGAAACUGAUUGAGCAACACAUAUAAUCAAGAAAACAUAUUUUGAAGUUCUCACUUUGCAGGCCUGGUUAAUUAUAUUCAGCAUGAGACAAGAAGAGUCUUUUAGGUAAUUACGCAACACUAAAAGGAAACACAUAUAGAAUCCAAUUGUACAUCAACUGCAAAUGUAAAUUGGAUUAAGUAGGAGAAAGAGUCCACAAAUCCAAACGUUGGUGGUUUCCCGGGUCAACAGUGGACACUGAAAAGUGUAUCGCUCAUGGUGACACCUUAAAUCACCUUUCAGUAACCAGUGUAUGAAUUUGUGUGGAAACACUAAUUAUGACUUGUGUGUUGUCAGCGCUUGGUCACAAAGGUUACGGUAUAAAUCCAUUUACCGUCACAUUCUGGCUCUUUUGGUUAGGUUUCUUUUGUGUGUUUUGUGAAUGUUUUUCCCAUCCGUCAAGUGUGUUCAUUUGUAUUAAUGAGUUCAAAUACUCAGUGAUGUUUUUACGGGGGAAUUGAUAUGUUGAUGAUGCUUUUGUCGCCACAUCAUAUCGUGUAAUAUCCACUCUCUGAAUCUGGCAUUGACAUUCUCCGUUUAAACUCAACACAGGCAGUUAUUUUAUUAAGAUGAUUUAUUAUUAUCAUAUCUACCAUGUGCUUUCUUUUUUCGUGUAUUUCGCUGCAAUGUGUAAAUGAGGCAACAGCAACAACAGACACAGACAUAUUUUUGUGCGUCAUUUCCGCUGUGUUUUACAUGGGUUGUUGUUGUCUCCUGUUUCAUUCCACAAUGAGACGUCUGUGACUUGAACAUGAUAUUUUCAGGACUUUGACAAAAAAGAUUGUUGGCUUGAAGGGUAAACAAAUGAUUUAGUAACACUGCUAAUGUUAUUUUUUUGACAUGAAGACAUUACAAACAUGUGUUUUAUUUUUCUCUUCUUUUGUCAGCUUUUAUUUUUGUAAUAUAAAAUAUCAGUCGGUAUCAGGUAACAUUUUCCAGAAUGUAUUUUGAGCAUUUUGAAUGAUAUUGAUGAGGCUGGCUCCAUUCAUAUCAACAUUUAUGCAGAGAUCACUGUAUGAACGGUAAUACAUAUUAAAACCACGUACGCUACAGAUUAACAAAUAUGUUUUAUUCAUCCAAUACUUGAAAGAAAAUAUCUACUGUAUUUAUUUAAUCAUUUAGUCAUUAAAGUGAAUUAAAGUUAUCAAUUUGAAAA